UAUACCGGGCUCGUGUGUGUGUGCACACGGACUGGAGAAAGGGAAAGUGCAGGCGGCCAGAGAAGCGGCCAUGCUGAACAGUACAGAGAAGGGCGCAAUGCUGCCAGCAACUAAUAAUAAUAUGUGCCACUGCUGGCCUCAGCCGUAGAAUUUGCAGCUGACCAGAAUGGCGGUAGGAGUUGCAAUACUGCGCCAAGGAGGAGUCGAAGGAGGUGCUAAGAAGAUGGUCUUUCCUCCAGAUCAAUCUGCCGUAUAUAAUCCUGGAACCCAUUCCGUUGAGAGCAUUCUAAAAGUGCAUUCGCCCUUGGACAAUUCACAAACUCAACAUUCCAGCUUCCGCUGUCACGAGUCAGCUCAAUCAAGCCUCUCACCCGCUUCCCAGUCAGCAAGAUGGCUCCCACUAGCAUCCUCAUCAUCGGCGCCACUGGCUACAUUGGGCGCCACAUUGCCCUGGCAGCCGCAGCGGCGCCUGAAGCUGCAGCAUAUGCCCUCAUCAGCAAGGCGACAGCUGGCAAGCCGGAGAGGAAGGAGGUGCUGGACCAGCUGCGCAGCGCGGGCGUCCAGUUUCUGGAGGGAGACCUGUACGACCACGCCAGCCUAGUUGCGGCGCUGAAGCAGGUGUCAGUGGUCAUCUCCACUGUCGGCUUUGCCCAGCUGGCGGACCAGACCAAGAUCAUUGACGCCGCCAAGGAGGCCGGAACCAUCACACGUAUCCUGCCGUCCGAAUUUGGCCUUGACCCCAGUGAGAAGACCAUCCAGGCUUUCGGGGAGCUGGCUACGCUGUGGAACGUCAAGAAGGCGGUGCUCCCCGCGCUGCGCGCCUCAGGCAUCCCGUACACAAUCGUCUGGGCCAACGCUUUUGCGGGCUACGCCCUGCCAGGUCUCGGCGCGCUGGGCCCCCCUGUUGAGAACGAAGUCACGGUCUUCGGCUCUGGGGACGUUAAGGGCAUUCUCAACAACGAGGGCGACAUUGGGACGUACGCAAUCAAAGCGGCGCUCGACCCGCGCACCGUCAACAAGACGGUCCACGUGGAGCCCCCGCAGAACGUCGUCACUCAGAACGAGCUGAUCGCGCUCGCGGAGAAGGCCCGCGGAAAGACGUACGCGCGCAAGACCGUGUCGGCCGAAGAGCUUUUCGAGCAGUACAAGACUUUCGACCCAUCCAUCAGGUUCCUGCCCUACCUGCACUACGCCAUCUGGAUCAGCGGUGACUCGCUCCAGCCACUGCCCGAAGGCCACGUGUCAUCCGUCGACCUCUACCCGGACGUGGAGUAUAAGACGCUUGCUCAGCUUCUCUAGGAAAAGUUCAGCUUUGAUGGUGCUAGAUAACGCCUUGGAUAGCAUUGCUGUAAAUAGGAUACAGAGGAUAGGAAAGGAUACUCUAGGCUGUAGUUGAUUUAAAUCAACGUCAGGCUGUCACUACGGCAGAUUGAUUGAACUAACUUCCUUCCCAAUGGUAUCCUCUGUAUCGGGCCUGGUACCUGCCUGCCAAAGAAGCGGUCCCUCAAGUGAUCGACAAGAUUUUGGGCCCAUUUUGGGUUUCGCAUUGCUGGG